AUGGCGCGAGUCCCGACAAUAGCCACCGUCGUUCGCGGCGCAGGCGUCAACAUCGUCCUCAAGGCAGACCAACCCACCGGCCGCACCGUCUCCGGCACGGUCCAGGAUGUGCUCACCCGCGGCAACCACCCCCGGGGCAUCAAAGUCCGGCUCGCCGACGGCCGAGUGGGACGAGUGCAGUCUCAUACCGGUGACGCACAGCAACAGCAAGACUCGGCUUCCACUUCAACCGAAGUCGCCGACGCAUCGGCCGCCUAUGGAGACUCUCGCAGACCCCCAUGGCGCGGCGGGGGCCGUCGGCAAGAUCCCGAGGCUGAGCUGCCUUCGGCCCAGGUUGGGCUUGAAGCUUACAUUCGACCUGCCAAGCAGAAGAAUGGAGGUCGAGGUAGGGUGCCUGCGAACUCUGGCGCCGAGGUUGAAAGAGCGGCGCCUCCCGCGGCUUCUGAAAUCGUGACAUGUCCUGUUUGUGGCGAGUUUGAGGGAGAUGCUGCUGCUGUUGAGCACCAUGUUGCCGGUCGCUUUGAUUGA